AUGAGAGGCUUUAUAUUGCCUUCUUUGGUGAGACGAGGUGUGGUUUCCCCCCACUCAUACAUCAAGACGCCUCUCAAUGGAUUUUUCAAAUUCAGAUUCAAGAACUUCACAACUUCAACAUCCCGAAGCUAUAACUCUAAUAAUACGAACUCAUCGCCGACUCCAUGGACUCAACAUCCACUCAAAACAAGUCACCCUAGUGCAAAUGAUGUUACGAAACUCUCUAAACCUCAAGGUCAAGUCCGACUAGCAUAUAUUGCUUUGGGUAGUAAUCUUGGUGACCGAGUGGCAUGGAUCGAAAUGGCCUGCAACAAAAUGUCAGAGAGGGGGAUUAAAGUGAAGAGAACUAGUGGAUUAUGGGAAACUGAACCUAUGUAUGUUCUUGACCAAGAGAAUUUUCUUAAUGGAGCUUGUGAAAUCGAAACCACCCUGGAACCACUUGCACUAUUGGAUGAACUUCAAGCUAUUGAGAAUGAGAUGGGUCGGAAGAAAAUCAUUGAUAAGGGUCCAAGAAAUAUUGAUCUUGACAUUCUACUUUUUGAAAAUGAGAUUGUAGAUCAUCCAAGGUUACAAAUUCCUCAUCCUGGUAUGGUUGAACGGGAGUUUGUUUUGAGACCACUUGCAGAGCUUAUUCCUGCACAACCUUUGCAUCCAAAAUCCCCCUGGAAGUUUACCCAGGAUUAUCUAAAUGCUUUACCGCCAUCUACAACUCCUUUGUCUACCCUGACUCCAUUGAAUUCAUCCAUAGGUCCAAUACAUGCCCUUAAAACAAAUCGUCGAACCCAUGUGAUGGCAAUUCUUAACAUCACACCCGACUCUUUCUCGGAUGGAGGAAAAAAUCCCAAUGACAGAACUUUUCUACGAAAGAAAUCUUCAGAGUUGGCUGAACAAGGAGCAACGAUUAUUGAUGUAGGUGGUCAAUCAACUGCGCCAAAUACUCUUGAAGUAUCUCCCGAGGUUGAACUACAACGCAUUUUACCAGCGAUUGAAGAGAUUCGACGAUCAAAUUCAUGUGAAAAUGUAGCAAUUAGUGUCGAUACUUACAGAGCAUCUGUUGCGAAGGAAGCUAUCGAAGCAGGUGCGGAUAUCAUUAAUGACGUCUCUUCCGGCCAACUUGAUCCAAACAUGUUGUCCACUAUGGCCCAACUGGGAAAAACAGUCUGUCUCAUGCAUAUGAGAGGCACUCCGGCGACAAUGAACACUCUUACAGACUAUGAACCUCACGGGCUUAUCCCAACAAUUGCAAAAGAACUUCUAGAUCGAGUAGCAGAAGCAGAAGCCGCAGGUGUCCGGCGAUGGCGCAUCAUUCUUGAUCCCGGAAUUGGAUUUGCAAAAGGGCAAAGUCAAAACCUUGAGAUCCUUCGUCGAAUGGAUGAAUUGCGUGAUUGGCCUGGCCUUCGAGGUUUACCAUGGCUCUUAGGAUCCAGCCGAAAAAGAUUCAUAGCUGCCAUCACCGACGUUAACGAUCCAUAUGAAAGGGAUUGGGGGACUACAGCGACAGUGACGGCGGCAAUUCAAGGUGGAGCUGAUAUUGUGAGGGUACAUAAUGUGGAAAAAAUGGUUCGAGUUGUUAAAAUGUCGGAAGCCAUAUAUAGAGUUUGA